CUAGCUUUGGCCAGUGGACCUAUCCCGAAGGACUAGAGCCCAGGCGCGCGCCGUGGCGGGAGCGGUACCCUGGGUGGGCGGCUUCUUCCCGCUGUGCGUUCAGGAGCUAGAAAUGCCAUUAGGCUGCCCUUUAAUCCAAUGUGAGAAUUCGACCCAGAGAUGGAAAACUUCAUUCUGUAUGAGGAGAUUGGCAGAGGAAGCAACACUGUUGUUUAUAAAGGGCGUCGGAAGGGAACAAUCAAUUUUGUAGCUAUUCUUUGUACUGAUAAGUGCAAAAGGCCUGAAAUAACCAAUUGGGUCCGUCUCACCCAUGAAAUUAAACACAAGAAUAUCGUAACUUUUCAUGAAUGGUAUGAAACCAGCAAUCAUCUCUGGCUAGUGGUGGAACUCUGCACAGGUGGUUCCUUGGAAAUGGUUAUUGCUCAAGAUGAAAACCUCCCAGAAGAUGUUGUGAGAGAAUUUGGGGUUGAUAUCAUUACUGGAUUACAUCAUCUUCAUCACCUUGGCAUUCUUUUUUGUGACAUUUCUCCUGGCAAGAUACUCUUGGAAGGGCCCGGCACAUUGAAAUUUAGUAAUUUUUGCUUGGCUAAAGUAGAAGGUGAAAAUUUGGAGGAAUUCUUUGCUUUGGUGGCAGCAGAAGAAGGAGGAGGUGAUAGCGGGGAGAAUGUACUGAAGAAAACCGUAAAAAGUAGAGUCAAAGGAUCUCUUACAUAUACAGCGCCAGAAGUUUUGAGGGGUACAGACUUCUCCAUCACCAGUGAUCUCUGGUCUUUGGGCUGUCUGCUUUAUGAAAUGUUUUCAGGAAAACCUCCAUUCUUCUCAGAAACUUUUUCAGAAUUAAUUGAAAAGAUUUUUUAUGAAGAUCCUUUGCCACCAAUUCCAAAAGAUGGUUCUCUUCCUAAAGCUUCUUCAGAUUUUAUUAAUUUGCUUGAUGGUUUACUUCAAAAAGAUCCUCAGAAAAGAUUAACUUGGGCGGGCCUACUGCAACAUUCAUUUUGGAAGAGUGCUUUCACUAGGAAAGAUCGGGAAUCAAGCACCGAGGAUUCCAAUGUCAGCAAAAAAGUGAUGGAGCAUUCUGGGACGCGAGAUUCCAAGGAGUUUUUGAAGCCUCCGAGUGGACAAGCCAAGGGGGAGAAGAGUGGUCAGCGACUAAGUCACUCUUUUAGACUAGAAAAUCCAUCUGAAUUGCGGCCCAAAAGUACUGUUGGGGGUCAACCGAAUGAAUCCAUGUUUCUACUCAGUUCUCGUCCAACUCCAAGAACGAGCACUGCAGUGGGAUUAAGUCCUGGUGAGGAUAUGAUUCAACAUUCACCACAGAAAACUUCUCCUUCAACCAAGAUUACAAGUGAACACCUGAGUCAGCAGGACCUGGAAUCCCAGAUGAGAAAGCUUAUCUACAUGGACUCUGAUCUUGUUGUCACCCCAAUUAUCGAUAACCCAAAGAUAAUGAAACAACCACCAAUUAAAUUUGAUCCAAAGAUACUGCAUCUACCGGCACAUUCAGUAGAUAAAUUAGUAUUUCUGAAAGACCAAGAUUGGAAUGAGUUUUUGCAGCAGGUGUGCUCACAGAUUGAUUCCACUGAGAAGAGCACGGGGGCCUCUCGAGCCAAGCUGAAUCUCCUUUGCUAUCUGUGUGUUUUGGCUGGACACCGGGAGGUGGCCACCCGGCUCCUUCAUUCCCCACUGUUCCAAUUGCUAAUCCAGCACUUGCGAAUAGCUCCAAACUGGGAUAUACGGGCCAAGGUUGCUCGGGUGAUUGGUUUACUGGCCUUGCAUACAACUGAGCUCCAGGAAAAUACACCUGUUACCGAGUCCCUUCACUCUACAGAAUCCAGUAUCAUCAUUCUUUCAGAAGGAUCGUUGGAUAUACAAGCAUUGGAUGCAAUUACUGUCUUAACUGAAUUAAUUAGGGAAAACUUCAGGAAUAGCAAACUAAAACAGUGCCUCUUACCAACGCUUGGGGAGCUGAUCUACCUUGUAGCCACCCAGGAAGAAAAAAAAAAGAACCCUAGAGAAUGCUGGGCUGUUCCCUUGGCUGCGUACACAGUGCUAAUGAGGUGCCUUCGGGAAGGGGAAGAGCGUGUUGUGAAUCACAUGGCAGCAAAGAUUAUUGAAAACGUCUGCACUACCUUUUCUGCUCAGGCUCAGGGCUUUAUUACAGGAGAAAUUGGACCCGUUUUAUGGUACCUAUUCAGACAUUCCACUAUUGAUUCUCUCAGGAUAACAGCAAUCUCGGCCUUGUGUCGAAUCACCCGUCAUUCUCCUACUGCCUUCCAGAAUGUUAUUGAGAAGGUGGGACUGAACUCAGUAAUAAACUCCCUGGCCACAGCCAUCUGCAAAGUUCAGCAGUACAUGUUGACCUUGUUUACUGCAAUGCUGUCUUGUGGGAUUCAUCUUCAGAGGCUAAUCCAAGAAAAGGAUUUUGUCUCUACAAUUAUCCGUUUACUUGACAGCCCCUCAACUUCCAUUAGAGCAAAAGCCUUCCUGGUUCUUUUAUAUAUUUUGAUUCAUAACCACGAGAUGUUGCUGCUCAGCUGCCAAGCAAGACUGGUGAUGUACAUCGAGAGAGACAGCAGAAAGACCACUCCAGGCAAGGAGCAGCAAAGCAGCAAUGAAUACCUGUCCAGAUGCCUGGACCUUCUCAUCCGUCACAUCGUGCAGGAACUGCCACGGAUCCUGGGUGACAUUCUUAAUGCCUUGGCCAAUGUUUCUGGUCGUAAACACCCUUCGACGGUCCAAGCAAAACAGCUGAAGAUGUAUCUACCUCUGAUGACUAUAGUGCUUCAUCUCGUAACUUCUCAGGUAUUUCGACCUCAAGUUGUAACAGAAGAAUUCCUUUUCAGUUAUGGAACUCUCCUUAGUCAUAUUAAAUCUGUAGACUCAGGAGAAACUAACAUAGAUGGAGCCAUAGGACUGAUGGCAUCAGAAGAAUUUAUCAAGAUCACGUUGUCGGCUUUUGAAGCAAUAAUACAGUAUCCUAUUUUGUUGAAAGACUAUUGCUCUACGGUUGUUGACUACAUCCUGCCACCCUUGGUCUCCUUGGUUCAGAGCCAAAAUGUGGAGUGGAGGCUCUUCAGCUUGCGGUUGCUCUCAGAGACCACAUCUUUACUCGUGAACCAGGAGGUUGGGGAUGGCAAGAAGGAAGCGAAUGUCAACUUUGACAGCAGUCUGCUGGCUCUCAUUAGAGAUGUCUUACUUCCCCAGUAUGAGCACAUCCUCACGGAGCCUGACCCAGUACCAGCAUAUGCUCUGAAGCUGCUAGUUGCCAUGACUGAACACAACCCAACUUUUACCAGACUUGUGGAAGAGAGCAAACUGAUCCCACUCAUUUUUGAAGUAAUUCUGGAGCAUCAGGAGAACAUCCUGGGUAACACCAUGCAAAGUGUGAUUGCAUUGCUCAACAAUCUGGUUGCCUGCAAAGAUUCAAAUAUGAAGCUGCUUUAUGAACAAGGACUGGUCCGUCACGUCUGUGACCUGUUCACUGAAACUGCCACACUGUGCUUGGAUGUGGACAAUAAGAACAACAAUGAGACAGCGGCUGCGCUGCUCUUCUCCCUGCUUGAUAUUCUGCACGGGAUGCUGACCUAUACAUCCAGUGUUGUCCGGCUGGCUCUACAGGCCCAGAAGUCUGGUUCAGGAGGGGACACUCAGGCUGCGGAGGACCUGCUGCUGCUGAGCAAACCUCUGACAGACCUCAUCAGCCUGCUCAUUCCUCUGCUUCCAAGUGAGGAUCCUGAAAUUUUUGAAGUGUCGUCCAAGUGUUUGUCCAUACUGGUUCAGCUGUAUGGAGGGGAAAACCCAGACAGUCUGUCUCCUGAAAAUGCAGAGAACUUCGCUGAUUUACUAACAUCUAAGGAGGACCCAAAAGAGCAGAAGCUUCUGUUGAAGAUUCUCAGAAGAAUGGUCACAUCCAAUGAGAAGCACCUGGAGAGUCUCAAGGAUGCAGGCAGCCUCCUGCGGGCUCUGGAGUGGCUUGCCCCGGCUGGAGGUUCGUCUGCUGACAGUGUGGUGGCUUCCCUGGCCCUGGAAAUCCUGCAAGCUGUUGGACACUAGGCAAGAAGGCACUUAGCACAAGCCUGCUCUGCAGUAAGCCCUCGGCUACACGGGGUCACCACAUACGUCACCACUGUAGCUCUAUCUGGACCUAAUAAAGUCAGCUAAACCCAGAA